AUGUCGGCCCCUGCCCUGGCCCCCAUGGGCACCAUGGUCCAUUGCAGGGGGAGGCCUGCUGGCAGGAUGGCGUGGCGCUCGCUGGUGCUGCUCCCCUUCUUCCUGGCAGCAGUUUCAGGCAACACAGUCCCCUUCUUCAACAUGACCGUCGUCUACGUGCCCGAGGAUCUGGAGUUGGGCCAGCGUGCUUUCCAGCUGAUGGCUAUUGACAUAGACGGGGACCCGCUCACCUACAGCAUCAGCGGGCCAGAUGCCUUCUACUUCUCUGUCAAUGCCCAGACAGGCAACGUGACACUGAGGAACUCCCUGGACCGUGAGCUCCUGCCCAAGUUCACCAUCAUCGUCAACGUGUUCGAUGGGAAGAAUGAAGCAAUCUCCAAAAAGCUCACGAUCAUCGUGGAGGACCGUAAUGACAACGCCCCAGUCUUCCAGAACCUGCCGUAUGAAACCUCCAUCUCUGAGAACAUGAAACUCAACAGCAUCAUCUACACUGUGUUUGCCAAUGACAGCGACACCGGGAACGCCUCCAAAGUCAGCUACAGCAUUGAGGAGGUGAUCCCAGACAGCAGGAAGAAUCGCUGGCUUUUCUACAUCCUACCCAACGGGAGCGUGGUGCUCAAUGGCUCACUGGACUAUGCCACGAACACCUUCUACCAGCUCAAGAUCCUUGCCAAGGAUGGCGGGGGGUGGCUGCACAACGUGUUGACCUUCCAGCAGAGCUCAACCUACCUGUCCCUGACCAUACGUGACCUGCCCAACCUGGACCCACGGUUCCUCAACGAGCCCUACUCCGGCUCUGUGCCGGAGAACUGCACCCUGGGCACCACUGUGCUGACUGUCACCGCCGUGGACAGAGACACAGGGGUGAAUGAUGAAAUCUCCUACAGCAUCACCAAUGCCAGCGUCCCCUUUGCUAUCAGUGCGACAACGGGCACCAUCACUGUGAGUGGGCCCCUGGACCGUGAGCAGCUGCCAAGCGAGGAAGUGCUUCUGGAAGUCACGGCACGUGAGAAGAACCUGGACAUCCACGGCAAGGUGGCACAGGCCAGCACCAUGGUGGCAGUCAUGGUGACUGAUGUCAAUGACAACAAGCCCCAGUUCUACCGCUGCUCCCUUCCCAGCUGCGACUUCUCCACUAGUGCCCAGAACAACUUCAGGGGCAACAUCAUAGAGCACUCCUCCUCCAGACUGCCCGUGUCCAACCUCAGCAUCGUUGCCCAUGACCCGGACAAGGGCAUCAACAGCAACUAUGAGCUCUACCUGCAGGGUCCGAAUGCCAGCGCCUUCACUGUCUCACCCACAAAAAUUGUGGGCACAGGAGAGGUCCAACUCCUGGUGCAAGACCCAUCCUCUGUGGACUAUGAGAUAAGCCAUGUCAUGGUGGUGCAGAUCAUCGCUAAUGACACGGGGAACCCCAUGGAUUGCUGCUCCACGGCCACCGUGACCAUCAAUCUCAUUGACAGCAAUGACCACAUCCCCGAGUUCCCCCAGAGCACCUACAACCUGAGCGUGAUGGAGAACAGCCCUACUGGCACCAUCAUCUCCCCAAACAUCACGGCCUAUGAUCCGGACAGCGGUGUCCUGGGCCAGAUCACCUACCAGCUGCUCCCGGAGAGCAUCCGUAAAAUCUUCACGGUGAAUGCCAUGACCGGGGCAGUGCUGGUGCAGAACGGGAGCUUGCUGGACCGGGAGACUCGCUCCAUCUACUACGCCAACCUCCAGGCCAAGGAUGGAGGCAAUCUGGUGGGCACCACUGUGCUGGAGAUCACCGUGCUGGACGACAAUGACAUGGCGCCCAUCAUCACUGGCUCCUACUUCAUCUCAGUGGAAGAGGGGCAGAACGUCAGAACGCAGAUCCAGGCCAUUGACAAUGAUGAGCCUGGCAGCCGCAACAGCGAGUUGGGCUUCAAGAUCUUGCCAGGACCAUUCAGCAACAACUUCACCAUCAACGCAGCCACGGGUGAGAUGCACAGCAAGGAGCCACUGGACCGCGAGGCCUUGGAAGAUGAGCGGGGGCAGGUGGUGGUGACAGUGGAGGUGUACGACCACGGCGUGCCGCAGCUCCACACCUUGGUGAACGUCACCAUCACUGUGGGGGACAUGAACGACAACGCACCCGUGUUCCUCAACCAGUCCUAUGAGUUCUCAGUCUUUGAAGACUCUCCAGGGUCCCUCGUGGGUGAGGUGGAGGCCACAGAUGCUGACCGGACGGAGAUCAAUUCCCGCAUUUCCUUCCUACUUCAGAGGGGCAGUGGCUCCAGCAACUUCUUGAUCCGCUCAUUCCACGUGGAGCCAGGGUACUAUGGUGGGCAGCUGUCAGUGGACCCCGACAUGUCCCUGGACUAUGACACCCUGCAGCAGAAGUUCUUCUUCUUGGUGGUGCUGGCAGAGAACACGGCCGCAGACAACAUGGGGGACACUGCCAACGUCUCGGUGGUGGUCCACAUCCUAGACAUCAAUGAUGAGCCCCCCACCAUCCUGCCAGCCUCGCUGCAGGAUGUGCAUGUGAGCGAGAACGGCACGCAGCAGGGCCUGGUCCACAUGCUGGUCGCCUCCGACCCAGACACCAACCACUCGCUGGUCUUCGAGGAGCUGGCAGUCACCUGCUUCAAGGGGGCGAGCAGCGCUGGGGAGGUGUGCUGGGACUGGUUUGUGCUGGCACCCAAUGGCUCGGUGCUGGUGAACAGCUCGGACAUUGACUACGAGCUGUGUGACAGGGUGGUGCUCACGCUGCGGGCUGAAGACCUGUACACCAAGAAGGGCAACCGCUACAGCCAGAAUGAAACCCUGAGGAUCCUCAUCACCGAUGUGAACGACAACACACCACUCUUCCUGCCCAUCUUGCAGACCUUUGUGGUUGUCCCUGAAAUCUCUCCUGUGGACCUCCAAGUGGCUACUGUGAAGGCCACAGACGCUGACUCGGGGCUGAGGGGAACCAUCACCUUCUCCAUUGUCAGCGUGGUGCUCGUGGAAGACAACGGGGUCAGCCGGCCUUUCAAGAACCUCUUCAAGGUGGUGACAACACCUGAGCAGGACAGCUACGUUGGAAGCAUCCAGGUGGCCAACAACCUCGAUGGCUCACUGAAGGGGCAGUACCAGGUGACAGUGGAGGCUCAGGACAGCGAGGAGCCAGCACACACAGCACAGACCGUGCUGAAUAUCUUCACGGUGGAUCAGAGCUACCGUGUUCGCCUCCAGUUCACGAAAACAGUGGAUGAAGUCCAAAGUAACUCCGAAAAAAUCAAAGUGGCCCUGACCACCGUGACCAAGGCAGGGGUCUAUGUGGCGGCCAUCCAGAGCAUAGAGGACACCCGUGCCUCCCAGGUGGAAGCCAAGUCAGUGAUGGAGGCGUACUUUGUCUACAGCAAUGGCACUGCCCUGGACGUCAACCAGCUGAGCGUGUGUUGUGACCCGCUGGUCCUGGCUGAGCUGGUGAACCUGGGCCUGGCUGUCAUCGGCCCCGGGGAGGUGGUGAAGCCCACCAGGGAGACAGAGCUGAUCGGCAUCAUCGCAGGGCUGGCAGCGUUCCUGCUCAUCUUCAUCCUCAUCAUGACCCUGAUCUUGGUUCUCACCACUAGGAGCUACAAGAGGAAGCUGAGUGCGAUGAAGGCUCUGAAGGCGGCCACGACGUUCAGCCCUGCCAUGGCACAACAGGGAGCUGGCAUCCCUGGGACCAACCAGUACAAUGCAGAGGGGGCCAACCCCAUGCUGAACCUCUCACUUGAUCCCUCCCACGACCUGGGCUUCCACGAGGACUCCAGCUCUGUGGCCAGUGUGAAUUCCCUGGAUGAAAACACAGUAAAUGCACCUGGGGACAACAACCUCAAGGCCAUGCAGGGCAAAGCGCAGCUGACAGACCCCACCGACGAGGAGGUGCUGGUGGCCGCCCUGAACCUGAAGGAGCCCACCAAAACAGCGUACAUCAAUACGACCUUCACCACCACGGACUUGUGA